CCCAGCCCCAUUUAACUUCGCGGCGCCGCGGGCGGGAGGCCGGCGUCGGGGAAGGUCCCGGGCCCAGAUUCUGCACGAGGUGUUGACGGCGCCGCUUCUGCCAGCCUCGCCCCAGCGCGCGCCGAGCCGCACGGCCCCGCGGCUGCGCGUCCGAGAAGCUUCCGCGACGCAAGGCUUUAGGUGAGACCCCCAGGAGACCGGACCCCAUGGCUUCCCUGAAGAGCCCCUGGUGGUUGCUGACGUGGAUGCUCUUCUCGCACUCUCAGCUCCUGCAGACCACAGCAGAGAAGUCUCCUGGAGCCUACUUCCUUCCCGAGUUCGCGCUCUCUCCUCAGGGAAGUUUUCUGGAGGACACAACAGGGGAGCAGUUCCUCACUUAUCGCUAUGAUGACCAGACCUCAAGAAAUACUCGUUCAGAAGAAGAAAAAGAUGGCAACUGGGAUGCGUGGGGCGACUGGAGUGACUGCUCCCGGACCUGCGGGGGAGGCGCGUCAUACUCUCUGCGGAGAUGCCUGACAGGGAGGAAUUGUGAAGGGCAGAAUAUUCGCUAUAAGACAUGCAGCAAUCAUGACUGCCCUCCGGACGCGGAAGACUUUAGAGCCCAGCAGUGUUCAGCCUACAAUGAUGUUCAGUAUCAAGGACGUUAUUAUGAGUGGCUUCCACGGUAUAAUGAUCCUGCUGCCCCGUGUGCGCUCAAGUGUCACGCACGGGGACAAAACCUGGUGGUGGAGCUUGCACCUAAGGUACUGGAUGGAACUCGUUGCAACGCCGACUCCCUGGACAUGUGUAUCAGCGGCAUCUGCCAGGCGGUGGGCUGCGACCGGCGGCUGGGCAGCGACGCCCGCGAGGACAACUGCGGAGUCUGCGCCGGCGACGGCGCCACCUGCAGGCUGGUGCGGGGACAGGCGAAGUCACACGUGUCUCCUGAAAAAAGAGAAGAAAAUGUAAUUGCUGUUCCUUUGGGAAGUCGAAGUGUGAGAAUUACAGUGAAAGGACCUGCCCACCUCUUUAUUGAAUCUAAGACCCUUCAAGGAAGCAAAGGAGAGCACAGCUUUAGCAGCCCUGGAGUCUUUGUUGUAGAGAACACAACAGUUGAGUUCCAGAGGGGCUCAGAGAGGCAAACCUUUAAGAUUGCAGGACCUCUGAUGGCUGAUUUCAUCUUCAAGACCAGGUACACUGUGGCCAAAGACAGUGUGGUUCAGUUCUUCUUUUACCAGCCCAUCAGUCAUCAGUGGAGACAGACCGACUUCUUUCCCUGCACUGUGACAUGUGGAGGAGGUUAUCAGCUCAAUUCCGCGGAAUGUGUGGACAUCCGCUUGAAGAGGGUCGUUCCUGACCAUUAUUGCCACUACUACCCUGAAAAUGUGAAACCAAAACCAAAACUGAAGGAAUGCAGCAUGGACCCCUGCCCCUCAAGUGAUGGAUUUAAAGAGAUUAUGCCCUAUGACCACUUCCAGCCUCUUCCUCGCUGGGAACAUAAUCCUUGGACUGCAUGUUCCGUGUCCUGUGGAGGAGGGAUUCAGAGACGGAGCUUCGUGUGUGUAGAGGAGUCCAUGCAUGGAGAGAUACUGCAGGUGGAAGAAUGGAAGUGCAUGUAUGCGCCCAAACCCAAGGUUAUGCAAACUUGCAACCUGUUCGAUUGCCCCAAGUGGAUCGCCAUGGAGUGGUCUCAGUGCACAGUGACUUGUGGCCGAGGGUUGCGUUACCGGGUGGUUCUGUGUAUCAACCACCGUGGACAGCACGUUGGAGGCUGCAACCCACAGCUGAAGUUGCAUAUCAAGGAGGAAUGUGUCAUUCCCAUCCCGUGUUAUAAACCAAAAGAAAAAAGUCCAGUGGAAGCUAAAUUACCUUGGCUGAAACAAGCACAAGAGCUAGAAGAGACCAGAAUAGCAACAGAAGAACCAACGUUCAUUCCAGAACCCUGGUCAGCCUGCAGCGCCACAUGUGGGCCAGGUGUUCAGGUGCGAGAGGUGAAGUGCCGUGUGCUCCUCAUGUUCACGCAGACCGAGACUGAACUGCCCGAGGAGGAGUGUGAAGGCCCCAAGCCGCCCACGGAACGGCCCUGCCUCCUCGAAGCGUGUGAUGACAGUCCAGCCUCCCAAGAGCGAGAUGUCCCUCUCCAUGAGGACAGCGAGAUGACUUACGACUGGGAGUAUGCCGGCUUCACCCCUUGCACGGCAACAUGUUUGGGAGGCCAUCAAGAAGCCAUUGCAGUGUGCUUACACAUUCAGACCCAGCAGACGGUCAAUGACAGCUUAUGCGAUAUGGUCCACCGUCCUCCAGCAAUGAGCCAGGCCUGUAACACAGAACCCUGCCCCCCCAGGUGGCACAUGGGCUCUUGGGGACCCUGCUCAGCUACCUGUGGUGUUGGAAUCCAGACCCGAGACGUGUACUGCCUAUACCCGGGGGAGUCCCCCGCCCGCCCUGAGGAGUGCAGAGACGAAAAGCCGCAUGCCUUACAAGCGUGCAAUCAGUUUGACUGCCCUCCUGGCUGGCACAUUGAAGAAUGGCAGCAGUGUUCCAGGACAUGUGGCGGAGGAACUCAGAACCGAAGAGUCACCUGUCGGCAGCUGCUCACAGAUGGCAGCUUUUUGAAUCUAUCGGACGAGUUGUGCCAAGGACGCAAGGCGUCGACUCACAAGUCCUGCUCCAGGACAGACUGUCCUCCACACUGGGCUGCGGGAGACUGGUCGAAGUGCUCCGUCAGCUGCGGUGCCGGGGUCGAGAGGAGGAAGCAGGUGUGUCAGAGGCUGACGGCCAAAGGCCGGCGCGUUCCCCUCAGCGAGACGAUGUGCAGGGACCUGCCGGGGCUCCCUCUCGUAAGAUCUUGCCAGAUGCCUGCAUGCAGUAAAGUGAAACCGGAGAUGAAGACAAAACUUGGUGAGCAGGGUCCUCAGAUCCUCGGCGUGCAGAGAGUCUACAUUCAGACCAGGGAAGAGAAGCGCAUUAACCUGACCGUCGGCAGCAGGGCCUAUUUGCUGCCCAACACGUCUGUGAUUAUUAAGUGCCCGGUGCGACGAUUCCAGAAAUCUCUGAUCCAAUGGGAGAAGGACGGCCGCUGCCUGCAGAACUCCAAACGGCUGGGCAUCACCAAGUCUGGCUCACUGAAAAUCCACAGUCUUGCGGCCCGCGACAUCGGCGUGUACCGGUGCAUCGCCGGCUCCGCGCAGGACACAGCUGUGCUCAAGCUCAUCGGUACUGACAACCGGCUCAUCGCACACCCAGCCCUCCGAGAGCGCACGAGGGAACAUCCUGGGACGGACCACAACGAAGCCAGUAGUUUGGGAGUCACGGGGCAUAAAAUGCGGCAAACGUGGAGUAACGAAAACGAGCUGUACCUGGGUGACGGCCAAAUUAACAACCAGCCUUUCCUGAGAGCUCUGUUCGGCCACUGCAGCAGUGCUGCAGGAAGCUCCGACUCCUGGGAGUUUAAGAAUAAGCAGUUUGAAGCGGCAGUUAAACAGGGGGCGUACAGCAUGGAUAUGGCCCAGUUUGAUGAACUGAUAAGAAACAUGAGUCAGCUCGUGGAAACCGGGGAGGUGAGCGAUGACCUGGCGUCCCAGGUGAUCUAUCAGCUGGCGGCUGAGUCAGCGAAGGCGCCGCCCACGCACAGGCAGUGGAGGGGUAUCCAGGAAGAACCGCCUCCCGUUCAGCAAAGGGGGGAGGCAGGAACUGCACCCCAAAGUUCAGAUGCGAAAACCUCAGGCAAGCUGACAUUCAAGCCAAAGGGGCCCGUUCUCGUCAGGCAAAGCCAGCUCCCCUCCAUUUCAUUUAAUAAAACAAUAAAUUCAAGGAUUGGAAAUAUAGUGUACAUUACAAAAAGGACAGAGGUCAUCAACAUAUUGUGUGAGCUUAUGACCCCCGGCGAGGCCACAUACACAUGGACCAAGGACGGAACAUCAUUGCAGCCUUCGGUAAAAAUAAUUUUGGAUGGAGCUGAGAAGAUGCAGAUACGGAAUCCCACAAGGAAAGAACAAGGAAUAUAUGAAUGUUCCGUAGCUAAUCAUCUCGGUUCAGAUGUGGAGAGUUCUUCUGUGCUGUAUGCAGAGGCACCUGUCAUCUUGUCUAUUGAAAGAAAUAUCACCAAGCCGCAGCACAACCAUGUAUCUGUCGUGGUUGGAGGCAUCGUGGAGGCAGCCCUUCAAGCAAAUGUGACAAUCCAAUGCCCUGUAAAAGGUGUCCCUCAGCCUAAUGUAACUUGGUUGAAGAGAGGAGGAUCUCUGAGUGACAGUGUUUCCUUGCUUCUCAAUGGAUCCCUGUUGUUGCAGAACAUUUCCCUUGAAAAUGAAGGAACCUACAUCUGCACAGCCACCAAUGCUCUUGGAAAGGCAAUGGCAACAUCUGUUCUCCACUUGCUGGAACAAAGAUGGCCAGAGAGUAAAGCUGUAUUUCUCAAGGGACAUAAAAAGCGUGUUCUCAAGGCAUCCAGCACUGGGACCAAUAGCAGUGACCCCACAGGAGAAGCCCUGCCUCGAGAGCCUUUUUGGGAGCCUGGUAACUGGUCACAUUGUUCUGCCACCUGUGGCCACUUGGGAGCCCGAGUUCAGAGACCCCAGUGUGUGAUGGCCAACGGGCAGGAAGUGAGUGAGACCCUCUGCGAUCACCUCCAGAAGCCACUGGCUGGGUUUCAGCCCUGUAACAUCCGGGACUGCCCUGCAAGGUGGUUCACAGGUCUGUGGUCAGAGUGCUCUGUGUCUUGUGGUGAAGGAUUCCACAGUCGGCAAGUGACAUGCAAGAGGACAAAAGCCAAUGGGACUGUGCAGGUGGCGUCUCCAAAAGCAUGUGCCCCGAGAGACAGGCCUCUGGGAAGAAAACCAUGUUCCAUUCAUCCAUGUGUGCAACGGGAACCAGGGAGCCAGUGUCCUGGACGUUGCAUGGGUCAUGCUGUGAGGACGCAGCAGCGUCAUGCAGCUUGUGGACACCACAACAGCUCUGACUCCAACUGUGAUGACGGAAAGAGGCCCAGCUUAAGGAGGAACUGCACGUCAGGGGCCUGUGACGUGUGCUGGCGCGCAGGCCCGUGGAGGCCCUGUACGGCAGCCUGCGGCAGGGGCUUCCAGUCUCGGAAGGUGGACUGUGUGCACACAAGGAGCUGCAAACCCGUGGCCGAGAGACGCUGUGCGCAGAAACGGAAACCAGCUUCCUGGCGGCACUGCCUCGGGCCUUCCUGUGAUAGAGAUUGCACAGACACAACUCACUACUGUGUGUUCGUGAAGCAUCUUAACUUGUGCUCUCUACACCUCUACAAACAAAGGUGCUGCCAGGCGUGUCAAGAAGGAUAA